UGCUGUACAAAAACAACCUGUCUUUCGACUGCAGUGACAGUCAAUGAUGUGUUCAGGAGCUCUUAUUGGGUUACUCUUUUGCCUACAUAAGAUAUGGCAUUUGCAGCAGCUGCUGGAGUUUCCUUUAGUGAUGUUAGUCUCAUGAAGCAAAACAAGAAGAGUAAAAGAGCUUCUGCGUCAUUCCCAUUUAUCAAGCCAGAUCUGAGUGCUGCUGAGAAUGUUGUUGAAAAACUCAAACAAUUUGGGAAGGACUGUUACCAGCGGUUCAACUUCAAAAUACCAGCCACUGAAAGCAUUCAGCAAAAGGACAACUCGCUUGAUGAGUCAAAGGACAUUAUCAGAAACCUGGCUUCUGAACUGGACAGAUUGAUACAGUCAAAGAUGUUCAACUUGAUAACUCAAAAGUUCAAAAAUAAAGGAACUAAAGAAGAGCAGGAUGAACACCAAUAUUAUAUUUUGCAAUGGGCUGAAGAUCUCGAGAACACACAGACUAAACAACUGGACAAGCAAGAGAUUCAACAGACCUGUUCAGAGCAGUUGUCGAACAGUGAAAUUAAAUUUAACAAAGCAAAACAAAUUUUGUCUGACUGGUCUUGGAAACUGAAAGACAUGGAACAGAACUCAAUAUUUCAAAAGAGGGGAUGUGAAGAAACACUGAGGGAUCUCCACAAAGAAUCGAAACAGGGAGAGUCCAGCAUACUCCCAGUGAUGGACUGGAUAAUAUGGACUGUAAUACAGUCAGGAAGCUCUGAGGAGUCAAACCACAGACAGUGGGUGAAGAGAAAACAGAGCAAAACGCAAAACGCCAAAAAUGCAGUUGGAUUACGCAUUCCUACCCCAGUUUGGAACUGGAUCACAAAAUCAACAGCUGUUGUUACUCUGGAUCCAAACACAGCCAACCCAGAACUCCUAGUCUCUAAAGAUGGAAAAUCUUUGAGGGCAAAAGAAUAUGGUCUCAAUAGCUGGAAUGGGUUCCAAUGGAAGCGUUCGAAAUUUGAUGGCUGGACUUGUGUCCAAGCUAAAGAGGGUUAUAAUACAGGUAGCCAUUACUGGGAGGUAGAUGUGAAGAAGAAACAUGAGUGGCGGGUGGGAGUUGUGAAGGAAUCAGCUCCUCGUAAUGGCUAUGUGACCAUGAACACAAAAACAGGCUACUGGAAUCUGCGUCUGCAGAUGGGUACUUUGAUGGCUUUGACUGAACCAGUCAGCAAACUCAACAUACAAACUCCCUCUAAGGUAGGAGUUUAUCUGGACAUUGAAGAGGGCCACAUCUCCUUCUAUGAUGCUGAGAAAAGAAGACAUAUUUACACAUUUAAAACAGAGUUUAGUGAGACAGGAAACAUUUACCCAAUGUUUGGCACCGUUGAGACAGACAGAGCGUUGGUGAUUUUAUCAUAAAAUGUACUUCAUUUAGGUUAAAGGUGGGGUAUGUGAUUUUCUUUUAUGACCAUUUUUUUCAAAAUCACUUGAUAUCCUAACCCACUUACAGCCACUGAGUUAGAAGCACUGAAAUGAAAAUUAAGUGAAACGGGCCGGACUCGAAAAACCCCAGCCAAUCAUUUCCAAGACAACCUAGAAUCAUUGGACAUCAAUCAAACGGUCGUAUUGUGACCCAGUCACAAUAAGUGCAAGAUGCCCAGGUACAGAGAGAGAGAGAGAGUAUUUGCUAUCUCAUACAUCUGAGUUUUGCAGAUGCAUGAUUUCAUGUCCAUGUUCUUUGAAUGGGUGGAGUCAGGGCCAGCGUUGGAGGAAAGAAGGUAGGAUCUUUUGAGUUGUGUAUUUUCAAAAUCUGCCGGCCGUUUUUGCAAAUCCCAUACCCUACCUUUAAUACACCUUGUCCUUCCUUCUGUAUCAAGUUUAAAGUUGAGAUUUAAAAAGAAGGCACACGUUUGUUGUAUAGCCUGUGCUUUGUUGUAUAUACUGUAUGUAUGCUUAAUAUGAACAUUGUCAUGUCAUUCUUCUGUUUGUUCAUUAAAGAAGUUCUGGCAGUA